AAGGCUCCGUUGCUAAGAACAGCAACAACUUCCCUGAGGUGAGGUGACGGUAGGGCUGCCUUGGAGUGCUGGUUGUAUCGUAUCGUAUUGUACCCCGCCAACUUCAGCUCUCGGCACUCAUCCACCAACUGCCCCAUCAUCAAAUCUAUCAGGAACGGAAAACCCAAUCUAACCGUCAUCAUGGCAGAUACAAGCAUUCCCACCCACCGUAAGCUUCCCCCCCCUUCCCUAUAAGCCGCCAAAUCUAACGUUCCACCCCACCACAGUCCUAGCGGACUCCCCUCCAACAGUUUGCCGGCUAGAAGUCGCCCCGCACUUCACAGCCUUAACCCCCAAAGAAAAGCUCUACGCACACCACAUCUCUCGCGCCUCGUUCCUAGGUACCCGUGUGACCCUCCGUCAGCACUCACCGGAAAGUGAGGCAAUCUACGACCUCAUACUGGCCCUGUACGCCGCUUGCUCUGGGGACUGGAAGAGGCACGCUUUGGACAGCUCUGUCAGCGAGCAGGACGUGCAGUACUGGCUUGAGUAUGCAACGGUAUUCCUGGCCUCAUUGGGGAACUACAAGUCCUUCGGGGACCUGAAGUUCGUGCCCCGCAUCCCGAAGGCAGAGUUACGUAAAUUGGCGGAGCGUGCCGGUGGGGAGGCGAGGAAGUUGUUUGACGGAGUGGGGGAGGUUGUGUAUUCGGUUGUGCCAGAGGAGAAGAAUUUGAUUGGGUAUAUUGAUGCUGGACAUGUUUCGGCUUACUACCCGGACUCACCUAGUAUCACGAAGGCGGAGAUUGAAGAGGUGCAGGCGCUUACUGCCGCGAAUGAGAUACUUGUCGAGAAUACGAGGUUGAAGAAGGUUUCCGACUCCGAAUUUCAUUUACUAUUCGCGUCAGCGGAGACGGCGGCGCCCGGGGGACAGAAAACAGAGUUUGCGUUUGGAGAAGGUGGGAAGAAGAGGUUGAAACUGGUGUACGGGGAUUACGCAGAAUUGAUGAGGAAGAUCUCCGCAGAAUGCCUGGCCGCGGCGGAACACUCAGCGAAUGAGAUUCAGAGGAAGAUGUGGGAGGAGUAUGCCCGGUCGUUUGAUAUUGGGUCUAUUCAAGCGCACAAGGAGUCUCAGAAGUACUGGGUGCAGGAUAAGGGUCCCCGGGUAGAGGCUAAUAUUGGUUUUGUCGAGACAUAUCGUGACCCAGCUGGCGUUCGUGCGGAAUGGGAAGGGUUUGCCGCAAUGGUGAACGAAGAGCGAACAAGAACUUUCGGGGAGCUGGUCAGGCGUGCAGAGGACUUCAUCACAAGGUUACCCUGGGGCAAGGAUUUCGAAAAGAACCACUUUUUGAAGCCGGACUUUACAAGUCUGGAAGUUUUAACAUUUGCCGGGGCGGGGAUCCCGGCCGGUUCGUAUUUGCUAUCCAUUCACCCCAACAGCCCAAGCUCAUCAGAACACAGGCAUCAACAUCCCAAACUACGACGACAUCCGCCAGGAAAUCGGCUUCAAAAACGUCUCUCUGGGCAACAUCCUCUCCGCCCGAUCACCCAACGAAGUAAUUACCUUCCUAAAACCAGAGGAUGUAGCCCUCUACUCCAAGCUCCAGAGGCCAGCCUUCGAAGUCCAAGUCGGCGUCCACGAGCUACUAGGUCAUGGUACGGGCAAGCUCCUACAGGAAACCUCCCCGGGAGAGUACAACUUUGACCUCGCCAACCCGCCCAUCAACCCAAUCACAAACGAGCCAGUGGGAACUUGGUACAAGCCGAACGAGACGUGGGGCAGCGUAUUCGGCGGCCUCGCCGCCUCCUACGAAGAAUGUCGCGCGGAGUUGGUAGCAAUGUACCUCGGCGUAGAAAAAGACCUGCUAUCCAUCUUCGGCCAUGCGAGCGACCAGGAGGCAGAGGAUGUACUGUACAUCGAGUACCUGUAG